AUCGGUAAUUGUUGCAAGUUAUAAAAUUGGCACAUAAAAUUAGGAGAGUGCAUUUUAAAGGGCAACAUCAUGGGUCGUACACUGGCGUUGGUUUUUGUAACUCUGGUGCUUCAUGCAUUAUGGGGCUCCGCUUUCUCCUACCUGCUGGACCCGCGCACAGCGGCCACCAAGAUCGUCGACCAGGCUGAAGUGAAUAAUAAUGAAUAUUGUUAUUCUUGUGUUAAAAUCGACAACAUAUGCUACAACCACACCUACUUGUUCGAGCUCCCCGCUCUCUUCGAUGAACAACACCCCAACAUUGAAAGAAUGGGCAUCAUGAACUUUACUAACGUUUUAUUUUACACUUUCGAACCAAAGUUCGGUGAUCAAGAAUACUCCAAAGUUGGCUACAUAUCGUUAUACUAUCCGGAGUUCUCUGGCGUCAUCACUGGCUGGCAGUCUUUCAACUUUGGUCCCUUUGAUAUAGAUCACAGGCAGAAAAAAGUAUAUCUAGGUGGUUCCGACGGUAUAUGGGUUGUUGACGAUAUCAACUAUUUUCCAACAUAUUUUAACGUGAAGUCGAGUUACAUUACUAACGUUGUUGUAAAGGACUAUGUGUAUUUUACUACGUACAAUCAGCAGGGAAUAUUUAAAUAUGUUGCCGGGUAUUAUGUCGUUCAUUUAGUAGAUAAAUUUAUAAAUAAGUUUGUUCUAGAUGCCGAGAGUAAUAUUGUGUAUUUAAAUGUUAGUGGAUUAUUUAUUUCAUUUCUUAAUAAGGACCAGAGUGAUGUAAAAUUAUCAACGGAAUCGUGGAUAAGAGGUUUGACUGUGGAUACGAAAGGAACAGUAUACGCGUGGCAUGUAGAUGGGAUAUAUAAAGUGACUGUAGGCAAUGUUCUUUCCGAGUCCAAACUGAAACGUGUUACAGGUAUAGCUCCCGAUGCGAUGGCGUUUGAUGAAUCGAACAACAUCAUAUAUUCGAUCAGGAAAAAGUUGUACAAGUUGAGUAAAGUUGCUACCAGUAAGUGUUUUGGUAGGUAAUUCAAUUUAAAAAUAACACGUAUAUUUGUAAAAUGACAUUAUUUGCUAUUUAUUUUCUUUGCUUUUACCAGUGACACAUAAUAAUACAUUUAUAACUAAUUUAAGGAAUUGUUUACGCGCUUGAAACUGCAAGAGAGGAUCUUUUUUUAAAUACCGAUCUUUGUCUAACCGGUUUUCUAUGUAUGUAUCUGAUUUUAAUUAGUUACUGAAAUACUGUAUUUUGUUUUAAACAAAUAAAUGAACCUUGCUUACUUGCCUUUA